UGAUGGAUUGGAGAAACAAAUUGGAUUUAAUUUAGAAUAAGAUUAGAGGAUAAUUACAUGCUCGUAAAAUAGAUGACUUAGAAGGAGUGUAUUAAUUAAUGGCAGAAUUUGAUAGAGAUAACUCUGGUAUUUUAUAAUUUGAUUAUAGGAUAUUUGGAUAAGGAUGAAUUCUAAAAGUUUUUAUCAAAGAUAGGAGUAUUUCUAACAACUUAAGAAUUGAGAGCAGUAUAUGACAAAUAUGACUUAAAUAAAGAUGGCAAUAUAGCAUAUGCAGAGUUUGUGAAUUUAAUAAGAGAAAAUAUGAGCGAAAAGAGAAUAAAUGUAGUGAGAAAUACAUUUUCAUUUUUGGAUUAAUCAAGAUAAGGGAGAUUAUAAUUAGAAUGUCUUUAUAAACUUUAUCAGGCUAAAAACCAUCCUAGAGUAAGAACAAGAUAAAAGACAGCUGAAUAAGUAACAAAGGAAUUUGUUAAUGCAAUAUCUAAACGUAGUAAGGAUGGUUAAAGUAUAAAUGAAGAUGAAUUCUUAAAUUAUUAUGCUGAUUGUAAUGCUACACUUCCAAAUGAAAAGGAGGAAUAUUUUACAGAUGUAUUUAUAUUAUUGGAUAAUAUAUGAUAGUUAUUAACAUCUACUUGGGGAGUUACAUCUGGUGCUGAUUAUGUUUCUCCAGAAAGAUUGGCUUAAUUGGAAAUAAUAUUAUUUGAAAAAAUUAGAUAAAAGACAGUCACCAAAGAUGAUGAAGGAAAGACAGCAAAAAAGGCAUUUAUGUACUUUGAUUUGGAAAACAAAGGAACUAUAGAUAUAUAUUAAUUUGCAUAAGCUUUAUAAAAGUUUGGUUGUGUAUUUAGUGAAAAAGAGAUUUAAGCAUUAUUUAAUAAAUAUGACUCUGAUAAAAGUGGAAGAUUAUGUUAUGAUGAAAUAUGUGGGUUGAUAGCAUUGAUGGGAUCAGGAAACAAUGCAAAUGUCAAUCCAGUAUUUUAAAUUUCUAGAGCACCUCCUUAAGAUACAUUAAAUAGAAUCAGAAAUGAUUUAAUAAAGAAAGGAUAACAUUCUGUUAUUAGAAUGGCCACUAUUUUUACUAAUUCUGAUAAAAAUAAAAAUGGAACAUUGAAUAGAUAAGAAUUUCAAUGGGCAAUGAAAGAAUCUGGAUUGUUAUUAACCAAAACAGAAUAUGAUAAUUUAUUCAGAUUUUUUGAUAAAAAUUGUGAUGAUGAGGUUUCUUUUGUUGAAUUUAUUGCAUUUUUAAGAAGUACUUAUAUAUUUUAUAAUAACAGAACCACUUUCUUAAUAUAGAAUAAAUUUAGCAAAUUAACUAUGGGAUAGAUUGUCAAAUGGAGAAUCAUAACUAAGCACUUAAUAAUUAAAAUGUAUUUUUAUUUAUUUAAUUCAAGAAUCUUAUGAUGCAUCAAAAAGUCAUGAUGUAAAUAUAAAUAUUAAGACAGUUGCUGAUGCCAAUAAAGAUUUUCAUGAUAUUUGGAAAGAUGUUUAAAUUGUUACUCAAUAACAUUUUAUAGAAUAUUUAACAGAUAUUAGUGCACUUAUUGAUAAUGAUUAAUCUUUUGAGAAGUUUAUAAGAUAUGCAUGGAAAUGA